AAUUAAAAAUUGAUAAAAAUCCAAUGAACCCAAAGCCAGAAAAUCGUUUAGUUUUAUUUUGUAAUGGCACUAUACUGGUAACAUUUUGUACGCCAACAUCACUGGUCACGUGACAUGACGUUGUGGACGUGUCAUUUGCAGACAGCUCGUUGGCGGCGUUGCGCAGGCUCUUUCACGAUAAAGUACUAUUUGGAGAGUUACUAAUGAACAAAAGUUGAAUGGUUUUAGUCGAAUUGAUCAGAUAAUUUUAUAGUUAGGAUAGUGUAAUCGCAAUAAAUCAUAAUGGGAAUUAAAUUCUUAGAAGUUAUAAAGCCGUUUUGCAGUAUACUGCCAGAAAUAGCAAAGCCCGAGCGAAAGAUUCAGUUUCGUGAGAAAGUAUUAUGGACAGCAAUCACUUUAUUUAUUUUCUUAGUAUGCUGCCAGAUCCCUCUAUUUGGUAUAAUGUCAUCGGACAGUGCAGAUCCCUUUUACUGGAUCCGUGUCAUCUUAGCUUCAAAUAGAGGUACACUCAUGGAACUUGGCAUCUCACCAAUUGUCACUUCCGGUCUUAUCAUGCAGCUCUUAGCAGGAGCGAAGAUCAUUGAAGUUGGUGAUACUCCAAAAGAUAGAGCUCUUUUCAAUGGAGCACAAAAAUUGUUCGGCAUGGUAAUAACUGUGGGUCAGGCUAUUGUGUAUGUCAUGACUGGCAUGUAUGGAGAACCCAGUGAGAUUGGAGCUGGUGUCUGUCUGCUGAUUAUUAUUCAACUAUUUGUUGCUGGUUUAAUUGUCUUACUGCUCGAUGAGCUUUUGCAAAAAGGAUAUGGUCUUGGAUCUGGUAUUUCUCUCUUCAUCGCCACAAAUAUUUGUGAAACUAUUGUUUGGAAGGCAUUCUCUCCUGCUACUGUUAAUACUGGUCGCGGCACAGAGUUUGAAGGUGCAGUGAUAGCACUGUUCCACCUGCUGGCGACUCGUCCGGACAAAGUGCGCGCACUCAGGGAGGCGUUCUAUCGUCAGAACCUGCCCAACCUGAUGAAUCUGCUGGCCACUGUACUAGUGUUCGCUAUAGUCAUAUAUUUCCAGGGCUUCCGCGUAGACUUGCCCAUCAAGUCGGCGCGCUACCGCGGCCAGUAUUCGUCAUAUCCCAUCAAGCUCUUCUACACCUCCAACAUCCCUAUCAUUCUGCAAUCAGCUCUCGUGUCUAAUCUCUACGUCAUCUCACAAAUGCUGGCGGUGAAGUUCAGCGGCAACUUCCUGGUGAACCUGCUGGGCGUGUGGGCGGACGUGGGCGGCGGCGGCCCCGCGCGCGCGUACCCCGUGGGCGGGCUGUGCUACUACUUCAGCCCCCCGGAGUCGCUCGCGCACAUCGCGCACGAUCCGCUGCACGCGCUCCUCUACAUUGUGUUCAUGUUGGGCUCGUGCGCGUUCUUCUCCAAGACCUGGAUCGAUGUGUCCGGCUCCUCCGCUAAAGAUGUUGCGAAACAGCUCAAAGAGCAGCAGAUGGUGAUGCGCGGUCACCGUGACAACUCUAUGAUUCACGAGUUGAAUCGGUACAUCCCUACGGCGGCCGCGUUCGGUGGUCUGUGUAUCGGAGCGUUGUCAGUACUGGCAGAUUUCCUCGGCGCCAUCGGAUCCGGCACCGGUAUACUUCUAGCCGUCACCAUCAUCUACCAGUACUUCGAGAUCUUCGUCAAAGAACAGGCGGAAAUGGGUGGCAUGAGCACCCUAUUAUUCUAAAUUCAAUAACUAGGACUGACCUUAGUGAUGUGACGUAUCGAUUAUGUGAUGUGAUAUGACUGUCAGAUUUUAGCCAUUGAUUUUUAAGUGUCAACUUUUACGUGUAUAUAUUUCUUUUUAUUGUGUUAAUCGAACUAAUUUGAAAUAAAACGUAAUGCUCAUCGUUGUUUGAAAACAAAUCUGUAUCAGAUGUUUAGAAUACAUUUUGUUACGUAUAACCUUUGUGAAAUGGUUAAAUGUUUGCUCUGUAAUGUAUACAUCAAUGGAAAUACAGGUCAGUCCUUUCUUUAGAACGUCGCCUUCGACGCGAAAGUGCCGCUCGUAGUUUUUUUUUUAUUUCUCGAAGGUGUGGAGCUUUCGCGCCGAAGUUCUAUGUGUGCGUGCCGCCGUGUGGGUUAUGUGGUAAUUUAUAUGAGAUGAACUUUAUAAUAAAAAAUAAAAUAAUUUACGAGAAGUACAGAGAUUGUUUUUGUAUCGAUCCCCCGCGUAGUGUUGUUCCUAGCAUGUAAUUCGUUAGGUUUUUCUCAUAGUACUAUAGAUAUUUGAUGAUUUGUAAAAUACAUUGUAUCGGUAGUAUUGUGCAUUGUUGUGAAUUUUACUGUUGAGUGCAUAUCAGAUUAUAAAACACUUAGUUUGUUCAUUUAUUUUUUUAUUCAUACUGAAUAAGCAUGUGAUAGAUUAUAGUUAACGAAUUAACACACAUGACAAUCGGUAAAUUAAACAUUUAAAAAAAUU